CGAGCGGGCGAGCGGGAGGCGGCGGACGCUCCCGACGGGGACACCUCCGUCGACGACGACGAGAACCUCAUCAGGAGGCUUCAGGGGUUCUGCCACCGCUGGUCGUGCUCGCUGCCUGCAUGGGGCGAGCUGGUGAACCUCAUCGGCGAGGAGCCCUCGCAGGCGCUGAAGCGGCUGCCCGCCGGGAUAUACGGCGCCACCACCUUGCUGUGCAUGGCGCAGCUCAGGGACAUGGCAGCAAAGGGGCAGCCCGGCGCUGACGAGCCGCUCCUGCCGCCGCACGGGCACCUGUUGCCCACCAAGGGGGCCUUCUGGGCCGCCUGGCUCCUGCCGCCCGCGGAGGACCCGCCGGGGCGAACACCGCCGCCAGCAGGCGGGGCCGCGGGCGCCUUCGAGGAGCACGGCGCCAGCGCCGAGGUGGAGCUCCUCGCCGCGCUCGCCCCCGCGUGCCGCGGGCCGGCGGAGGGCGUGCGGCGGUGCGCCUGUGCGGCGUGCGGCGCCGCAGGCCCGGCGGGCGCGUACGAGUUCGUGUCGCGGAGGGACUGCGAGUGGGUCUUCCGCGCCACGGUGCUGCCCGAGGAGCAGGAGCCACGGGCCGACGCCGCGACCCCGGCCGUGGGGGCCGAGGGCGAUGGGCCGAGGCACAUUUUGGUGGCACCGCCGCACUUCGUCUGCCAGCUCCCGGGCGAGCCUCCUGC